AUGGGGGGGAAGCCUCCGGGCAAGAGUCCUCCGGAGAAGGAAAAGGAAAAAGAGACUAAGAAAAAAUGGGAGAAAUGCGAGCGAUGCCCCGCGGACCCUUGGACUUACUGUGUCGUGUUAUGGUGUGCGUGUGCGAUGAGCCUCAUAUCUAGUGGGUACAGUCUAUACAAGCAGCAGGGUCUGCAGGGGAGGCUGUCCUUGUUGGAGGAGCAGCAUCUAGCUUUACGUAGUGCGGUGCUCGAGCCGCAGCAGCCGCUAGUGGAACGUCUCAGGAGGGAUCUUCACGCGAGACCGAUCAGCUCCUGGAGAGUCAGGAGGAGUAUUAGAGACUACGGCACCUGCGUCUGUCCACCAGGUCAGUCUAUACGACAGAAAACUCUAUUCAUCGACACUAGAAUAUAG